AAAUCGUUUCACAAUUUAAUGUUAUGUUUGGCCCCGAUGGGUACGUAAUCGAGGUUUCAAAUCGUUCCAUUUUUAAACUGAAGAGACGCAGUAAAUCACCGUGGUGGACAGAUGUCGGAGAUUAGGAGUGUGGGUGUGGUCGGAGCCGGCCAAAUGGGUUCCGGAAUCGCGCAAUUAGCCGCCGUGAACGGCCUUCAAGUCUGGCUUCUUGACUCCGAUUCGGCGGCUGUCUCUAAAGCCCAUCAAUCGAUAUCUUCUAGAAUCCAGAGUCUCGUCUCUAAAGAUCUUCUCACCAAGGAAAAAGGUGCCGAAGCUGUAAGAAAUCUAAGGUUCACUUCGAGUUUGGAAGAUUUUCGUUCGGUGGAUAUCGUAAUCGAGGCAAUUGUGGAGUCUGAGGAGGUGAAGAAGAAGCUGUUUGUUCAAUUGGACAACAUUGUAAAAGAUUCUGCAAUCUUGGCAUCCAACACCAGCUCGAUUUCAAUAACUCGUAUAGCUUCUGCGACAAGACGACCAAGCCAGGUUAUAGGAAUGCAUUUUAUGAAUCCUCCACCUGUUAUGAAACUCGUGGAAAUAAUUCGCGGAGCCACUACAUCUGAUAAUACAUUUAACGCCACUAAAUCCUUGGCAGAAAGGUUCGGGAAGAAGGUAAUUUGUUCUCAAGACUAUUCCGGAUUCAUCGUAAACCGAAUUCUGAUGCCAAUGAUAAACGAAGCAUUCCACGCGCUUUACACAGGAGUUGCAACAAAGGAGGACAUUGAUACAGGAAUGAAGCUCGGGACAAACCAUCCGAUGGGCCCACUUGAACUGGCGGACCACAUUGGGCUCGACGUUUGCCUGUCGAUAAUGAAAGUGCUCCUUAACGGACUUGGCGAUAGCAAAUACUCGCCAUGCCCUCUGCUCGUGCAGUACGUUGACGCGGGCCGCCUUGGUAGGAAAAGUGGUGUUGGUGUCUACACUUACAGUAAAAUUUGAAGGGCAAAAAUGUAAUGAGAAGCCAAUUUAAAUUGAUGUCUCAAAUGCUUGUGAACUUAUGUAAUAAUAAUGUUGUGUAUAGUUUGGAUGAAUUGAAAUCUAACAAGUGCUGAAUAUUUUUAUGCAAUAUUAGCAACGUACCAUUUUAAUUA